AUGUGCUGGGCCGCUUAUGAGGUCGUCAACCUUGCAUCCGCUGAAUGGGUCCAGUAUACGGCCCUUAACCUCACUGACGAUGCGAAAUCGUGGUGGAGAUCAAGCGGCCUUACCAUUCGCAGCUCCUGGGACGACUUCAAACAAGCCUUCCUCAACUUUCACACCCCGCCCAAUGCCGCCGUCGCUGCUCUUUCGGCUCUUGAGUCUUUACGACAAGGCAAGCGUACAGUCGCCGCCUACACCCACGAAUUCCGCCGCCUUCGCCGUCGAGUUCCCUCCCUUGACAAUACUACCGCCUUGCACUGGUACAAAAAAGGCCUCGAAAAAGAAACCAGCAAGGAGGUUAUGCUUCGCCAGCCGGAGACCUUGGAUAUUGCCAUUACUCAAGCCACUCUGGUUCACUCCAUCCUCUACCCUGACGGGCCCACUGGUCCCAAGCCCAUUGUUCAACAAUCCAGCGAUAUGGAGAUCGACACCUUCCAUGUUGCUAUCAACAACCUCUCCGCACAAGUCAGCUACCUUUCGCGCCGAUCCGGCUACAACCACAGCCAGCACAACACCAAACCCUUUAUCUACAACCCCAAUACCCACUACAAACCCGGCGGUCCUCUUCCUCCCAAGCUAUCACAAGAAGAGAAAGACUACCUCUACAAGAAUGGUGGCUGCUACAAGUGCCGUAAACUUGGCCACCUUGGGCCCGAUUGCAGGACUUUCCCUUCGACUUCACGCCCGGCACGACAGUUCAACAAUAUCGAGGUUGCCGACACCCCAACCCCUCAACAGGCUACUUCCCAGGCUCAGUCGGGAAAAGCCAACAGCAACUAG